ACAACCUACGCACUUUAAAAUCACAUACAGCCUGUGGCCCAACUUCCUUGUUAGUCCUACGCAAAAAUGUCGCUGCUUGCGAGCUCGCGCCUGAACACCCUGCGCUCUGGCCAGCGCAGCGGCGUUCGCUCUGCUGUCCCUGCCGUCCGCCGCAGCCGCAAGGCUGUUGUGGUGCAGGCGAACCUGUUCUCUCGCGCUGCACGCAUCGUCAACUCGUGGGCAACUAACGUUGUGAGCAAUGCUGAGGAUCCGGAGAAGCUGCUGGAUCAGGUGGUUGAGGAGAUGCAGGGCGACCUGAUUAAGAUGCGCCAGGCUGCUGCCACGAUUCUGGCUCAGCAGAAGCAGAUUGAGACCAAGUACAAGCAGGCACAGACCACCGCGGACGACUGGCUGCGACGCGCCGAGCUGGCUGUGCAGAAGGGCGAGGACGACCUGGCUAAGGAGGCGCUGAAGCGCCGCAAGACCUACCAGGAGCAAGCCGACCAGCUGAAGGUGCAGGUGGACCAGCUGUCGGGGGCCAGCGGCGACGUGCUGAACAACACGCGCGCGCUGGAGGCCAAGCUGCAGGAGGCUCGCUCCAAGAAGGAGACGCUCAAGGCGCGCGCCGCCAGCGCUAAGACCAGCCAGCAGAUCCAGGAGAUGAUGUCUGGCCUGAACACCAGCAACGCGGUGGUGGCGUUCGACAAGAUGGAGCAGAAGGUGCUGUCCAUGGAGGCGCAGGCGGAGAGCACCAAGAUGCUGGUGGGCAGUGACACCAUCGACAACAAGUUCAAGCAGCUGGAGAGCGGCACCGUGGACGACGAGCUUGCUGCGCUCAAGCGCGGCAUGCUGCCCUCCACCACCAGCGCCGUGGGCUCGCUGCCGGAGCCCCGGGCAGUGGACGCGCUGGACCUGGAGCUGGAGGCGCUGCGCAAGAAGGCGCGCGCCGAGUAAAUGUGCAGCUGGACAACCGGCAACCGCACCUUGGCUUGGGCUGCGCUGGGCUGGGCUGGCAGAUUCCGGCAAGCGCCAGGCAGACAGGCGCCAGGCGGGCAGGCAUCUGGGUUGAUAUGUGUGUGUGGAAUAAGAGCGGCAGCUGCGUGGACGUGUGUGCAGCGGCAGGCGGGGCGGCUGGUGGCUGCACCGCUGGUGGCUGCACCCGGAGUGGCAGGAGGUUGCGGCGGCCAGGCGCUGGGCUGCUGGUACGCUGAAGCGAGCCGGCGGCUGGGCUGGGCUGCCGGUGUAAGCGAUGGGAGUGAGUGAGCAGGUCUAAGAUGGUCAAUGCAGGCAGGAGUGGUCAAUGGCACCUUCGCAGGCGAGCGGCCUGCUGUGCCAGUGCGUAACAGCGGCUGAGACGGAGUGGAUGCCCCGUUCAAUGCCAACGGGUGUAGGGCUCCUCGACAUGGGAAGACGUAGGUAGGCACGAAUGAAUUGGCGGUUUACGAGUGUUCUGAUGUAGGGCUGAGGGCACACUGUACCAAGUAAGAGGCGGCACGUACUUGCUGAGAGCGGUGAGAGACGCAAAUGGAGUGGUAUGACUGCAGGCGCAGACAGCCUUGUAGGCAAUUUUGUUCUGACACGUGCUGCGGACUGUAAACUUGACGCAACAAUGGCCUGAACGCUAAUGCCACUGCACACACUUACACACCGAAUGCUGCAGCUCAAGGCGGGAUGCAUGAGACGACUGACUCGGUCCCCUUCUCGUUCUGCAGUGUUGCAAACUAGGAGCGCUCUGUGUUCAUCUCUCACUUCUCUGUCAAGAAAUGAACGUCCCGUGGACGGCCUGCGGCGGUUGGGGUUCGCAGCAGGCUGUUUUGGGCCCCUAUACAUCCCGACAUCCGUGUGCGCUAUCCCAAAGCACUCUUGGACCAGCGCCGUGGCAUCAGCCCUUCGAUUGUAAAAUGAGUGGUGA